UGAAAGAAAAUUGUCGGGAAAUACAGACUCUAGCUAUUUUCCGCCGACAACGCACAGUGUAUAUAAACAUAUAUACUUGUGUGCGCACAAGCGAUCUUUCUCACGAUGACAUAGAGAAGGCCGGCUUAAUUAUAAAUUAGCCAAAAGUAGAGAGAUUUGUAUAAAUUUGGCAAACAUAGAGAACUGCAUAUUUAUCACGCGUCGUAAUAGGCUUAAAGUACCGCAAAUUCUAAGCCUGCAGCCAGUGAUAUGAAUCUCGCCAUCACCAAGCCAUAUACAUGGCAUGGGUGCUUCAUGCAAAAAAUAUUUAAUUAAUUAAAGUGUAGAAAGUACUGCCCAAAUGUAAAACAAACAUGCAAACUAACAAUCUAAUCUCCGGCUUUUUUUUACAAUAGAGUUGUUUGACAUGUACCUACAUCAAACCUGUUUGAAUAAUAUAAUGAAUUUUUGUCAAAUCGAUGGUUUGGAGAGGUAGUUUUUCUUAAAUUAAAGUAAAUCUCAUAUGGUGCCCCCAAUUACAAUUAGUAAAUAUAUGAUGGCGAGGUGUGCAGAUCACUGGCUGAUGUAGUGGUGUGAUUCAUUUUCUCGCUUCAGGUAAAGAGCCAAUGUGCUUGUACGGGUACGCGGACGGUAGUUGGCAGUUGACGCUGCCGGAGGAGAUGGUGCCGCCAGGCCUGCCGGUGCCGACACGAGGCAUCAACCGCCGGCGAGAUUAUGUGAACCGUUCUGACUACCUGACACUCGUCGCCCACCACUCCGACUCGUGGCUCAUGGGUGUCACCUUUUUCUUGUCCACUCAUCUCGACGCCAACCAAAGGAUACAUUUAUUUAAUAUGGUAAACGAGAUGCGAACAGUCCAUGACGAAUUCUAUAUCUCUCUUACGUGGUUCCAUGGCAAAUGUGUGAACGUAACUGCCUCUGAAGCAGAACAUAUCAAAGAAUACAAGUGUCCUGGCUGCAUCCGCGAGGUGAUCGGAGAGUAG